CGUUGCACGCGGCCACGUCACCCACCGACCUCAGACGGACCGGCACUACAUGGAGCGCGGAGAUCAAACACAGGACAUCAAACGGGGACGUCUGAACACGCGCGCGCCCAUUCCAGCCAUUCCAGUUUAGUGACGCGUCAUUCAGAACCUAAAAAGCGACACGAGCUGCGGGAAUUAGGAGGAAGAAAAGGAGAAGGCUGUUGGAAUCUGCACGGGGGAGCGGAGUGAGGGAAGGGGGCACGAGCUGCAGAAAAGAAAACAGCGAGGAGAGCUGCAUGAGCCCUGCGCCCCGGAGACGUGCUGGAAAUCUGCACGGAGCGAAGCUGAAAACGCCACAGAAGCUAAACCCGCUAAAAGCCACAGACGCCCGCGCGAGAAUCUAAGCAGAGCAAAGCUAGCAGCCGACACUUUUCCUUCAGGAGACAGAAAACAACCAAGCCAAAGCCAGGAUGAAUGUGUUUCGUCUGGCUGGUGACGUGUCGCAUCUCGUGGCGAUUAUUAUCCUCUUCCUGAAGAUAUGGAGGUCCAGAUCAUGCGCAGGAAUUUCAGGGAAGUCUCAGGUGCUGUUCGCUCUGGUUUUCACCACCAGGUAUCUGGACUUGUUCACCAGCUUCAUCUCCAUCUACAACACUGUAAUGAAGGUGGUUUUUCUGGUGUUGGCCUAUGCUACAGUGUACCUUAUCUACAUGCGCUUCAGGAACUCAUAUGAUUCAGAGAACGACUCCUUUAGAGUCGAGUUCCUUCUGGUUCCGGUCGCCGGUCUGUCCUUCCUGGAGAAUUAUGCCUUCACUCCUCUAGAGAUUCUCUGGACGUUCUCCAUCUACCUGGAGUCGGUGGCCAUCUUGCCUCAAUUGUUUAUGAUCACUAAGACGGGGGAGGCAGAGUCUAUCACCACGCACUACCUGUUCUUCCUGGGGCUCUACCGCGCCCUCUACCUGGCCAACUGGGUAUGGCGCUACCACACUGAGGGCUUCUUUGACCAGAUUGCCGUUGUCUCCGGAGUGGUUCAGACCAUCUUCUACUGUGACUUCUUCUACCUGUACUUCACUAGAGUUCUCAGAGGAAGUGGGAAGAUGUCUCUGCCGAUGCCAGUUUAAAGAACACUCCUGGCACUCCUGGCCCCCUCCUCCUUUCCAAACCGCUCCCCAUUUCCUUAGCAACACCCACCUACACCCAGUCUACAGUAUCUACAUCUGUCACAGAUACUUUAAAAAAAGAACUACAAAUCCCACACUUGCCAAAGUAAAAAGAAUAGCUGGACCAAACACGCUAAUGUGGCCAACUAUGAAUAGAAGCUAGCAGCCACCAGCUAGCAUCAUGUCAUUUACAUUGCUGUUAGCCUCAUUAGCAUUUUUGGAUCUAACUAUUCCUUUAAUGACAAAUCUGCAGACUGCGUGGAAAACGUGCCUUACUGUACAGCGGUCGAAAGUGUAAUGUUUUUAUAAAUGCCUUAUUACUCCUCAGUUAGAAAGCACAAAAGAUACUGUCUUCCUUUCCGUACGAAAAGUGUGUGUUCAUUUGAAUGGUUUUUUUUUUUUUUGCAUGUGCGCAGACACAUUUUUAAGGCCUUGUGGGUGUGUGGGUGUGUAUGUGUGUGUGUGUGUGUUAAAUGCAUUUAAAGGGACUUUUUUGAACAUGUGCUUUCUGGGCAGACUAACUCUAUAUUCUAGAAUUUUCAUCCAUUUCACCCGCUCUGUUUUAUUUCUGCUUCUGUAAGAAUUCCUGUGACCCGUGAUGGUCUGAACAGUGAAUAGAAAGCUCCUAAACUUCCUUUUGUUAUACUGUUUAAGUGUAAUCACAUAAAUAAUUCUGCAAUUUUCUGCAAAACAAUUAAACCUUUAAGAGGUGAUUUACGGUGUAUAUUUUGGGAGACCUAAAGGAUUAAAGAAGUACUCAAGCAUCUUUUAAUCUAUAUCUAAUAUCUAAUCUGUAUCUUUUUUAAUCUCUAUCUGCAGAUCUGUGGUAUAUGUUACCACAGACAAUAAUCGUGAUUCAGCAUGUGCCCACUGGCUUCUAUCUUAAAUCUGUUUUGUGUUUUUUUCAUCCAGGUAAACCUGUUGAAGCAUUUGUUUGUGGUAUUUGACCGUAUGCAAUAGAUGUAGUUGAUACAGAUGAGGUUAGAUGCUGGAGUAUUCCUUUAGUAAGCUGGUGAGUUGAAGCAGGCAUCUUGGAGCAGAUGAAACAAUCAAAUGUGCAGAGCAGAGAUAAAAAGCAGACUGAUUAAGUAUUUUGUUGAGAUUGCACGUUGUGUGGGUGCGCGUGUGUGUGUGUGUGUGUGUGUGUGUGUGUGUAUUGUAGUCAGACAUUUCAUAUCUCCUCUACUAUUUCAUGUAGUGCUGGUGCUGAAGACCUGCUGCGGUUUCAGUAUUCUGCAUGUAUUAAACAUUUCAGAUUACAAUAGACACCAAAAACACCUCUACACGGAACCUGGCAAUUCUCUACACAUCAGAAAGCAUUUUUAAACAGUCCAUUUUCAUUGGGAAUAAAUAAAGGGCAGCUUUCUUAGACUAGUCUUGGACAAUAUUGCAAUGCCAAUGGUGUUUACCAUUAACGAUCUUAUUUAGUCUAGGCUUAAGCUUAAUUUUGCGCUGAUAAACCAGCCAUAAGCGCUUCAGUUUUCUGAGUUGCCAAUUUGUGUUGAGAGUGUUUUGUAAAAUGACUACGUUUUUGUCAAUAAAGGACAAAGUUAUAUCUUA